AUGUUAGGCUCUGGCGACCUCACCACCAACCUCAGCCGGCAGCCAGAGCCGAGCCCAUCUGAGUCAACAACACCAAGGGUCCUAACCAUAUUGUCGUAUGUGUUAGAGAAGCUAGUGGCUAGAAAUGACAGGCUUGUAGAUGGGAUGAGCUCUGGUUUGGCUUGGGUUGGGAAGAGCUUGAAUGUGUUCCAUGGUGUGAGGGCCCCGAAUAUAAGCUUAGUAAAGUACUUGGAGAGACUGUACAAGUACACGAGUUGUAGCCCAUCAUGUUUUGUGUUUGGAUAUGUUUAUAUAGACAGGCUGACACAUAAGCAUCCGGACUCUCUUGUGAUAUCAUUGAAUAUACAUAGGUUGCUUGUUACAAGUAUCAUGGUUGCUUCAAAGGUGCUGGAUGAUGUGCACUAUAACAAUGCAUUCUAUGCACGGGUUGGAGGAUUAAGCAAUGCAGAAUUGAACAGGCUUGAAGUGGAACUCCUUUUCCUCUUGGAUUUUGGGCUUAUGGUCAGCUCUCGAGUCUUUGAGAGCUAUUGCCUGCAUUUGGAGAAAGAGAUGAUGUUAAAUGGUGCAACACAGAGAAUUGAAAGGCUCAUCAUCUCCAAUGCUGCUGAUGAUGUUACAGAGAUAUCAGUUGAAGAUACUCAAAGUUCUUCACCACCUCAAGUAAUGGACUGA